AUGAUAGAUGGUACACAUGUUGAUGCUACGCUACCUGCUAGUCUUCAACCACGAUUUCGUGGUCGAAAAGGUGUUACACAAAAUGUUUUAGCGGCUUGUACUCCAAACAAGUUAUUCACUUACGUAUUAGCUGGAUGGGAAGGUUCUGCAAAUGACUUUAGAGUCCUCCAAGAUGCAUUGUCUAGGCCACAACCUCAUGGUUUGAAAAUAUACGAUGGAAAGUAUUACUUGUGUGAUGCGGAAUACACGACCAUGCUGGGUUUUAUCUUCCCAUAUCAUGGUGUUCAUUACCAUUUGAAGGAACAAAUAGGAAGAACACCUAAAAAUAGAAGGGAAUUAUUCAAUCUUAGAUAUUCUUCUUUAAGGUCUAAGAUUGAAUCUUCAUUUGGUUGCUUGAAGAAUCGUUUCAAAAUUCUCACCGCGAAACCUCAUUACCCUUUUCGCGCACAAGUGGAUAUUGUAUUAGCUUGUGCAGUUCUUCACAAUUAUAUUGCAAUGGUUGAUCCGGAUGAUGACAUAUUCAAUGAGACCAUUGAGAUCGAAGAUGAUGAAGGUGAUGUUGCUAAUGAAGAUGAUAAUAAUAUUGUUGAUUUCUCUCAACCCCAAACUCAAAGGGAGCAAACAGAAUCAAGAAAUGUAUGGAAGAAUCGUAGAGAUCAAAUAGCUUGGGAAAUGUGGGUUGAUUAUUGUGAUAAGUAUAAGGGAGGGAAUACUAAUGAAAUAGGCAUGUGA